CCCCACGGGAAAUUGUUCCAACUCAUGGAAGUCACUUGAGAAAUGCUUAUAAAAAUACUUAUGAUGGUCCAUUGUCACCGCAAUUUCUGCGCUCGUAUUUGACUGCCGCGAAGAUUUCUUCAACAGCUAUGACAAUGACAACGGUUAGCAGCGAUCAGAACUAUCAUCCAUCUAUCCACUAUCCUGAGUUUAAAAAACAACCGGAAUACAAAUUGAGCUCGGACUAUAAAAUUCAGCCUGAAUACAAAAUUCAACCUGAAUACAAUAUUCAGCCCGCAUACAAUAUACAGCCUAACUACCAAACUCAACCUGAUUACAAAUUGGGCCCCGAUUAUAAUAAUCUAACAAUUUGCAAGAAAAAUCAAAAAUCAAUUGCUGCUGCUGCCGACGAGAGCCAGAUCAUAAAUGUUGCACAGCCUUCGCAGGCUGUUGAGGAUACUCUCUCCAACAGCAUGUCGAAAAUAGAUCAGCCCUAUCAACCGUAUGUGACCCAUACCUAUUUUACACUCGACGAUGUCAUACUUCCAUAUGUCCCGGAACAUAAUUCGACAGCUAAAACCAAAAAGGAAAACCUGAGUCAAUUUGAGUCCCAGAAAGAAGAAGAAGAAGAAGACAAAACGACCUCAAAUAACGAAACUCUGAAUACUCUCUUUGAUUUGGAUCUUUUCAAUAUCGAACCCAUUACAUCCACAAGAGCUCUGAUUACAACAACAGCAUCAACAACAACAGCAACAACCAAGGCGACAACAACAACAACAGCUGAAGUACCACAAUCAACUUUUGCGACUCGAAAUAAACUUGAUUUCUACACAGAAUCCACUCAAUUGGCGACAUUUAGUCCAACUGAACCUUUGACUUUAUCCAAUACAACAUCAAAUUUUAAGAACUGGAAUUCGACACUGCCCAACUUAUCGCCAAGAAAAAUCUUGAAGUUAGUCAAAAACUAUACUAGCUCCUGCGAUAAUUGCCGCAAAGUUCAGUCGACUGCCAAAACUCUGUCAAAUCUCGAUGAAGCGAAAUUGAAAAGAUCUUCGAGCUUGUUCAAGAAAAAUGAAGGCAACGAGAGUAAAUAUGGCAAAAAAUUAGCAGCGGCAAAGCUAAAUUUAACACAAAUUCAUAAGAAUAAAACUUUGCCAACUUUUAUAAAGAACUACUCAGUUGUUAAUUUAACUACCACGACAGAGGCGACGCAGCUCAAAAGUAGGCGGGGCAAAACUAAUUUCGUUAACUUAAGGCGUCGCAAAUUUCAUGGAAAUUCCUAUAAUACCACGCCCACAAGCAGCAUACCUGAUAAAGUGGUAAAGCCUGAACUGGAAGUAAAACCCCAAAAUGUUACCAGCGAUGUUGGCAAAUCUCGCAAAGCGAAACCGACCUCCACAACUGCCAGCAGCGUUAUUUUGAGCACCUCCCCAGCUUCAAGCAAAGCUACAACUGUUGCUUCAGAAUCAGCUAUUAUGACUAUAUCCAAUACGAAUGUUAGAAAAGUGAAAAGAAUUGUUCCCAGAUUCAAGAAGAUAUCGCCCCUCGAUGCCAACGCUACCAAAACGGAUUUCGCGCACACAACUGACUUGCCGCAACUGCCGAUUGAGGUUUAUUUCACAAAGCUUAAUCAAAAGUAA